UCUUACGUCGCACGCGUUCGACGUCAUUGGUCUUCACGUGUGGGCUAUCACAACAUCUAGCUUGUUUAUGAACUGAUAUUACACAUUUUCUCUUCAUCUCCAGACAGCGACCCACACAAUAGGACAACCAUGACCUCCAGCUGUCGACGGCCUGAACACUCAGCUCCUCCAGAAGUGUACUACAAUGAAGCCGAGGCAAAGAAAUACUCUCAGAACUCUCGAAUGAUUGAGAUCCAGACCCAGAUGUCCGAGAGAGCUGUAGAGCUUCUAAACCUGCCGGAGGGACAGCCAUGUUUCCUGCUAGAUGUGGGGUGCGGCUCUGGACUCAGUGGAGACUACCUGUCAGAGGAGGGACACUACUGGGUUGGGGUCGACAUCAGCACCGCAAUGCUGGAUGUUGCACUGGACAGAGAAGUGGAGGGAGACCUUUUAGUGGGGGACAUGGGCGAGGGGAUGCCUUUCCGAGCCGGCACCUUCGACGGUUGCAUCAGUAUCUCUGCUCUGCAGUGGCUCUGUAAUGCAGACAAGAGGUCACAUAGUCCUCCUAAAAGACUCUACACCUUCUUUAGUACGCUCUACUCUUCUCUGUCAAGAGGCGCACGUGCGGUUUUCCAGCUUUAUCCAGAGAACUCCGAACAGCUUGAGCUGAUCACGACGCAGGCCAUGAGGGCAGGCUUCGGUGGAGGCAUGGUGGUGGAUUACCCCAACAGCACCAAGGCUAAAAAGUUCUUCCUGUGUCUGUUUGCUGGAGUAACAGGAGCCCUUCCCAAGGGAUUGGGAGCAGAAACCUCCGACAGAGCGGUUUCAAACCAGGUCCAGUAUUCAGGACAAAGAUGCCGGUUCAAAAACAUGAAGGGGAAAUCGGCGAAGAAGGGACGAGAUUGGGUCUUUGAGAAGAAGGAGAGGAGGAGAAGACAGGGGCGGGAGGUUCGAGCCGACACAAAAUACACUGCACGUCAGAGAAAACCUCACUUCUAAGUGACUCGUGCAGCUGUGCCUUCAUUAGCUCUCGUCUGUACCACCGCACACAAUCACCCCUCGAACUGCAGAGUGUUUGGACUCAAACUCCUUAAUCCAAGUGAAUGAGAUGCAACAGUAAAAUGCUAUUAUGGCCAAUCAUUUUCCACAUUUGGUUGAGUGGCUGUUUGUUUCUCACAAAUAGUGGGAAGAUUGUCCUCUCCAUGAAGACACCAAGUACAUGGACAGACGUCCGUACUGCUCACAGUGGAGACAGAGUUGGCAUUGACGGCGUCAACAAUGUCAAAGAAUUAAAAUAAUGUUUUCUAAAUUAUCAAAUGCCACAUCUCUGAUGAGCCUUUUAUUAAAGAUCUGCCAAUAUACUUACUGUUUAUUUUUCCAGAAUUUAGAAGGAAUUGAACUAACGACGUCCAUGCAUUUGUAAAGGCUGCACACUUUCAGAAUCCUAUGUUACAAAAGCAUACAUGUACAAAAUGAUCUAUGCAAACGUGUUGGUUUGCCCCGGACGUAGUGACAGUUCAUUACGUUAAUGCAGGUUUCUAAAAUGGGAGAGUCCAUAUGUAGAAACAAGAUGUUGCUUAUGAGGGGAAAAGGGAACUAAAUAAAUUCUUUCAAAUCCAA